CGCUCCCCGCGCGCGCCCACUCGCCACCACCGGAGAAGUGCUUCAUUCCCAGAGCCCGAGCCCGAGCCCACGCGAUGAGAUACCCACAGUGAACGACACGAAAAUGGACAGUUUGGUCGGACCUCUGGUCGCCCAGUACCUCUCCAUGGGCUUCCAGUCUCAGGAAAACCUUCCGAAUGGAUGUCCGAGGGCACAGGAAAAAGACACGCCGUGUGGGCCUCCAGUAUGCAGGUCUAGAACUAAAGUCAGCUCUCCUCGAGUCCUACACCCAAACCUGGCGCAGGUGACCCGUGGCAAGGUCAUGAUGUCCUUGGGCCAGUUCUCCAAGGGUGCUACCUGGGAGGAGCUCAUCCAGGCCUGCGUACAGUCCUUCGACACAGAGGGCAGUGUGUGUCGCAGCAGUCACCUCCUGAACGUCACGCUGACCAUGCACCGGCUCCUCAUCUCCUCCCGGGAGCUCCUGGACAGACUCAUGGCUCUAUUUAAAAGUGCUUUGGAAAACGAACGCCACGCUGAGUGCCAAAAGAUCUGUUACCUCAUCAGGUACUGGAUGCGUGAGUUCUGGCCCAUGUUCCGUCUCCGCGGCCUGGUGACGUCACUGCUGCACUUCAAGGAAGUGAUGCGUGAGCACGGUCAGGAGAGGCUCUGCCCGCUCCUGGAGACCAGGUGGAGCAAUGAGAGGGACUGGUCUCGUAAAGCUAGCCAGAGGAUCAAAGCGAACUGCAGCAAGAAGAGGAAGGUCUCUCUGCUGUUCGAUCACCUAGAGCCAGAGGAACUAGCCGAGCAUCUCACCUACCUGGAGUUCAAGUCCUUCUGCCGCAUCUCGUUUGCGGAGUACCAGAACUACGUGCGUGACAACUGCCUGAAGGAGAGCCCGAUGAUGGCGCGCUCCAUCACCCUGUGCAACGGCAUCUCCCAGUGGGUGCAGCUGAUGGUGCUGAGCCGGCCCACCGCCCCCCUCAGGGCCGAGGUCUUCACCAAGUUCAUCCACGUUGCACAGAAACUGCGUAUGAUGCACAACUUUAACACGCUGAUGGCCGUGGUGGGGGGUCUGUGUCACAGUGCCAUAUCCCGCCUCAAAGAGACCAGCUCCCACGUCACCGCUGAUGUUACCAAGGUGUUAAACGAGAUGACGGACCUGCUGUCCUCGUCCCGGAACUACGAGAGCUACCGUCAGGCGUACGGCAGGUGCACGGGCUUCAAGAUCCCCAUCCUGGGGGUGCACCUGAAGCAGCUGAUCACGGUGAACGAGGCCAUGACGGACCACGUGGAGGAGAAGGUGAACGUGCAGAAGCUCCAGGCGCUCUACAACCAGAUCCACGAGCUCAUCCAGCUGCAGCAGAUUCCGCCGCGGCUCGACGCCAACAAGGACCUCGUGCAUCUACUCACGCUGUCCCUGGACCUGUAUUACAAAGAAGAUGACAUUUAUGAGCUGUCUUACGUCAGAGAGCCCAAGAACUGCAAGGCUCCACCGGCUACCCCUUCUCGGCCCACUGUGGUGGUAGACUGGGCAACAGGAGUGUCCCCGAAGCCUGAUCCCAAGACCAUCAGCAAACACGUGCAACGCAUGGUGGAUUCCGUCUUCAAGAACUACGACCAUGACGAGAACGGCUUCAUCUCGCAGGAGGACUUUGAGAAGAUCGCGGCCAGCUUUCCCUUCUCCUUCUGCGUCAUGGACAAAGAGAAGGAGGGCCAGGUGAGCCGUGAGGAGAUCACAGCCUACUUCAUGCGAGCCAGCGUCAUCUGCUCCAAGCUGGGCGUGGGGUUCGUGCACAACUUCGUGGAGACCACGUACAUGAAGCCCACCUUCUGCGACAACUGCUCAGGAUUCCUGUGGGGUGUCAUAAAGCAAGGCUACCGAUGCAGAGACUGUGGUAUGAACUGCCAUAAGCUGUGUAAGGACCAGGUGGCGUUUGAGUGUAAGAAGAACUCUCGUCCGAGUGCCCCCUCUGACAUCAGCCCCUCAAGCUCCGCCCCUACCAGCGCCGGCACCGCCCACUCCGGAUCCCGCGGACAGGAAGCUUACGAAGACUGCCCCUUCUCCUCAGAGGAUGGCACGGAUUCCUCUGUGACAGGCCCAUGCCCAAGCCCCAGCUCCCCCUUCCACCACCGCCGCCGGAGACUGCCCCUCAAACUGCCCCCUCAUGCCCCGGCCGUCGCCCACCGCGGCACGCAGACGGACCCGCCCCCUCCCCUCACGCCGGAGACCAGCCGCCCCCCCGCGCAGGCCUCGCUCCUGCCCCCAUCGCCGUCCCCGACGGGCUCGCUCACGCCCUGCCCCAGCCCCGUGCCCGUCAGGAGGCACUACGCCAAGUGGGAGAACCGCGUCUCCACCAUCAUCCAUCCCCCGGAGGACGAGAGUGGCGAGCACAAGCCCAGCUACGAGCGGCUGGAGAGGGAGAAUGAGUCUCUGAAGAAGAGUAACGCAUCUCUCUGCUGGAAGCUCAGAGAAGCGCAACUAGAGGUGAACAAGCUGAAGAGUCGUCUGGGGAGAUGCGAUCUUUACCACUUGGACGAAGACUCCUCAUCUUCCUCCUAAUCAUACUGCGUGUGUGUGUGUGUGUGUGUGUGUGUGUGUGUGUGUGUGUGUGUGUGUGUGUGUGUGUGUGUGUGUGUGUGUGGGUGUGUGUGUGUGUAGUAGAGCAGCACUCUUCAUAUUGUGGACUGAGACUACUCCUCCUCUUAAUCAUAGGCUACUCAAAUUUGUGUGUGUGUGUGUGUGUGUGUGUGUGUGUGUGCAGUAGAGAAGUGUUCUUCAUCCUGUGGACGAAGACUCCUUAUCCUCCUCCUAUUCAAACUCAAAUGUGUGUGUAUGUGUGUGUGCGUGUGUGUGCAGUCGAGAAGUGCUCUUCAUCCUGUGGACGAAGACUCCUCAUCCUCCUCCUAAUCAAACUCAAACGUCUGUGUGUGUGUGUGUGUGUGUGUGUGUGUGUGUGUGUGUGUGUGUGUGUGCAGUAGAGACGUGCUCUUCAUCCUAUGGAUGAACACUCCUCAUCAUCCUCCUAAUCAUAUUCCAAGGUGUGUGUGUGUGUGUGCGUGAGUGUAUGUGUACAGUAGAAACGCGCUCUUCAUCCUGUGGAUGAAGACUCCUCAUCCUUCUCCGGGUCAUACUCACAUGUGUGUGUGUAUAGGAGGGUGUCUGUGUGUGUGACGUGGAAAUAUACCUGAUUAGACCUACUUUAUUUUUAAACGCACUGUGUGUGAGUGUGUUGUGAAUGGAGUCUGUUUGUCUUAAAUACUGUAUCUGACUGCUCCUCUGCAGCAUGCCUGCAGGAGGGUGUGUGUGUGCGUGUGUGUAUGUGUGUGAGAGAAAGAGAGUGUGUGCGUGUGUGUGUGUGUGUGUGUGUGUGUGUUAGAAGAAGAGGUUCAAUAUUGUUCCAUCAAAUGAGCCUGCCACCUCUGGUUAUCUCUGCUGGGAGCUGUGGGCUGUGGGAUUACUAAGAGACUGACAGUCCGGGCGCCCCAGCCCAAGUACUGUGGAAGGGGGCAUUGGCACUGACUCGUGGGUUUUCCAAAAACUGGAAAAGAAAUGGAAGGUGGAAAUUGGUUCUGUACACGUUGUUGCUCAUCAAAAUGUUUUGUUCCCUGACUUAGGUAAGACACAUAGGCAAGCAACAACCCAUGGUUAAAGAAAAAAUGUAACCUCAAUAUGUUUAAGUUUGAGCACCUUGCAUUUUUAGUCGCUCAUACAGACACAACACGCAUCACAAGUUCAGUGUCAGUGUGAAUGUUGCCUAACAUGGACACACCACCCCAACGCCCACAUAUAACCCACCCUCUGCUGUCAACAAACUGCUUUCACCACUCCGUCUCUACUUGCAUUCAUCCAUCCCUACUUUUACCCCUUCAUCUCUACUUUCACCUCUCCAAUUCUCUACUUUUACUCCUCUAUCUCUACUUUCAGCCCUCUGUCUACUUUCAUCCCUCCAUCUCUACUUUCAUCCCUUUGUUUCUCUAGUUUUAUCCCACCAUCUCUCUACUUUCAUACCUCCGUCUACUUUCAUCCCUCUGUUUCUCUACUGUCAUCCCUCUGUUUCUCUACUUUUAUCUCACCAUCUCUCUACUUUCACCCCUCUCUGUGUCUAUUUGUAGUCGUGUUUUUCACCUCCAGCUGAAUUCGACAUUUGUGCCAUUGUGUAAAUGCAUCCAUCUGUGUCCUGUAUAGUACAUGUACUGUGCGAUGCUUUGCAUUGCUGCCAGUAUUUAUUCUUUAAACACUACAACUAUUGAUUUUGUUGUCACCUACUGUACUGUGCCAGUUUUGUAAAAUCGUUUAAGUGUUUUUGGUCAUUUUAAAUUUUGAGAUUUUGAAUACUGUACAUAAAAGAAGGUGUCUGUAUGCUUCAGUAGGUUUCAGCAUCUGACCAUGUGCACACAAACUGACUGGCUGUUGUUGUUCGCCAUUGUGUUCGUUGUUUAGCUGAUGUAAUUGCACCUGCCGUGACAUAUGGGUUUUGUAGCAAUAAAAUCCUGCAAAGGAAUGUGUUCAAUGUUAAGUUAUAUCCUUGGUUGUUAGGGGAAUCUCAUACCCCUCUCUCAAGUAUUACCCAUCCAAGUGUAUUAUUUUUAUUGUUCAUGUAUCCAUUAAAAGCACUAUACUGUUCCUCAUUUUA